GUAGCUUUUUUGAUUGCAUCCAAUAGUAGUUAUUAUUGUUUGAAAUUUCGUGGUUUUGUACUAAUAAGUUUGAGUGACAAUAUAUCUUGGAAUUUGGUGGAUUCAUAAAUAUGGAUCACGAGAACGGUAACAGUGCACUGGCGUAUAAUUUGGUUCAAACACCAGAUGACGACGUUGGCAGACACCUCGUUGCAUCUCGAGACCUCAAUCCAGGAGACAUAGUACUGAUAGAAAGACCCUUAGUGUUUGGACCUAAAGCCAUGCUGGAUCCAGAAGUUGCUAUGCCCUGUGUUGGAUGUUACAAACCCGUCUUUACAGAAUCAGGAGAAAGAUGUACCAUGUGCGGCUGGCCCGUCUGCUCAGGCAAUUGUCCAGGUCUAAAGGAUCCAAGACAUCAUGGAGCUGAAUGUGAAAUCCUCAGCUUAAGACCCGAAUGCGUUUUGAAAAACAUGGCCGAAUACUACAGACAUGAUGCCCUAAUGCCAUUAAGAUGUGCAUUACUCCAGAAGACAGAUCCUGAAGGUUGGAAGCAACUCCUGGAUUUGCAGUCACACAUGGAGUGCCGACCACCUGGAAGCGAGGCUUAUGAGGAGGCCAACGAAUUCAUCGUCGAAUAUCUAAUUAACAACUUUAUAAACAAGAUGGAUGAAAAAUUAAGAAAAUCGUACGAAAUAACUUCGGAAUUACUUCAUGGAAUUUGUGGAAUUAUCGACACGAAUGCUUUGGAGAUUCGUCUGCCGCAAGGAACUGAACUUAGCGCUUUGUACGCUGUAACUUGUAAGAUGGAACAUAGUUGCAUGCCUAACACGAAGCAUACAUCUUUUGCAUUUAAUCCUAAAGAUAGGAAAGACUUAUACGAAAUAACAAUCAAAGCUGUUGUUCCCAUAAUAAAAAACUAUCACAUAGCUACAAUGUACAGUCACGCAUUAUGGGGAACGCAAGCAAGGAGACAACACUUGAAAGACUCGAAAUAUUUUGCCUGCAAAUGUCCAAGAUGUAGCGAUCCUACUGAACUUGGAACUUAUCUAAGUGCUAUGAAAUGUUUAGGUGAUGAAAACAAACCUUGUGAUGGUAUUCAUUUACCAGAAGAUCCUUUGGAUGAUGAAACUGAUUGGGUAUGUAGUAAAUGUCCAGUUAGAGUCAGCAGUUCUCAAGUGAAUAUGAUUAUGUCUCAAAUGGGAGAAGAUGUUGAAGCAGUUCUAAUGAUGGAUGGCUCCGUGACGAUACUAGAGAAUCUGCUUUGUAGACUGACAAUGUUCCUACAUCCUAAUCAUUACUAUAUGUAUUCAUUGAAGCAUUCUCUAGUACAAUUAUACGGAAGAGAACAAGGCUAUACGUCAAUGGAUAUUCUUGAUAAGAAAAUCAAAAUGUGUAGAGAACUAAUUUCUGUUACAAAGGCUUUGGAUCCAGGCAAUGCUAGGCUGAGUUUGUAUAACACUGUUCUGCAGCAUGAGCUACAUUCAGCAUUGGUUAUGAAGUGUAAAAAUAUGGUUGUUCCAAAGACAGAAGAUAUGAAACCCUUGCUGGUUGAAGCUAAAUUGGCUAUAGAAGAUGCCUUAAAAUCGGUUAAAGAUGAUUUGGAAGAAGUUUCUGGAAAAAGACUACAGUCUGUACUAGAUGACAGUAGAAGGGAAUUUGAUAAGUUUUGUAAGCAAAAGAAAAUAGUAGUUUGAUUACU